AUGGCCAGCGAAGCACAAGCAGAUGUCCAACUCCACGACUUCAAGAACAUCUUCUCCCUCGAGGGCAAGGUAGCCGUCGUUUCCGGUGGAUCUCGCGGUCUAGGUCUCCACGCCGCAUCCGGCCUCCUCCAAGCCGGCUGCACCAAAGUCUUCAUAACCUCACGCAAAGCCUCCGCGUGCGCCGAAGCCGUCGCAGCCCUCAACGCCCUCCCCACCAAACCCCCCAAUGCCCGCGCCUACUCCAUCCCCGCCGACAGCAGCAAGGUCUCCGAGAUCGAGCGCCUCGUCCGCGAAGUAAGCAAACUCACGGAUCACGUCGACAUCCUUUUCGCCAACGCGGGCGCCACGUGGGGCGCCUACUUUGACCAGGUGGACGAGAAGAACGGGUGGGAUCGCGUCAUGGAUCUGAAUGUCAAGGGCGUGUUUUUCACGAUCCAGAAAUUCGCACCCCUCCUCACCAAACGCGCCACCACCGCCUCCCCCUCGCGCGUCAUCGUCACCGGCUCCGUCGCCGGCAUCGCAGUCGGCUCCCUCGGCGCCUCCGCCGCCUACAGCUACGCCGCCUCCAAGGCCGCCGUCCUGCACCUCGUGCGCAACCUCGCCGUCGAGCUGGGACCCCGGCACAUCCUCGUCAACGGCAUCGCGCCCGGGUUUUUCCCCAGCAAGAUGGCGAAUGUGCUUAUGGAGAGGAGUGGAGGCGUCGAGGCGUUGGAGCGGGCGAAUCCAAAUGGCAGGGUCGGGAGGCCAGAGGAUGUCGCUGCUGCGGUGGUUUUCUUGAGCUCGAGGGCCGCGGGGCAUGUCAAUGGGGAUACGAUUGUGUUGGAUGGGGGGAAGAUGUUGGGGAGUGCGCGGUUGGAGAGGUUGUAG